AUGAUACCCACCGGUGAGAUCACUGGUACCAGCGAGCCGAACAAGACCGCCACCAGAACCAAUACUCCAACCCAGCUACAAGUUCUCGGCAAAACCAAGGAUGGGAGGGACCUGAAAGUGCGCCGCAUCUGGCCGCUGCCUUUCGUCUGUUUUGCAGAUCGCGGCUUCGACGAGGGCGUGGCAGGCCAUAUUUCUCCCAUUAAUGCACCCGCGUUCGCCAUCCACUCCGAAAUCCACAAGGCCCGGCCGGAAGUGAACGCCACGUGCCACAUCCACAGCGUAGCGGGCAAGGCCUUUUCGUGCUUUGGCCGCGAGCUGGAGAUGAUCACGCAGGACGCGCUUCGGUUUUAUAAGAGCCAUGGCGUCUACCGGGAUUUCAAGGGGGUGGUCCUCGACCAGGAUGAGGGCCAGCGAAUCGUCGCGGCUCUAGGGCAGGGGAAGGCGGUGAUUCUGCAGAAUCAUGGUUUGCUGAUGGUUGGGGAAAGCGUCGAUGAGGCGACAUUCUGGUUUAUCAGUUUGGAUAAGACGUGCCAGACUCAACUCUUGGCCGAUGCGGCGGCCGCAGCCGGGUACAAGAAGAUCGUCAUCGAUGAGCAGGAGGCGGCUUAUGCGGCCAUGCGAAUUGGGGGCCCUGAAAAGGGGUGGCUGGCUUUUCAGCCUUACUAUGCCGAGCAGGUUGCGGAAACCAGGGGCGAGUUCCUUCAGUGAAGUCAUUCAACCCAAAUGACAAGCUGGGGGUUUGCGAAAGCUAUCUUGAUGAUCAGACCAGUUCGACCGAGGCC